AUGAAGAUCUCAAACGCAUCGCUUCUUGCGCUGCUGCUCCCCGCGGCAAGCGCCCGCUUCGUUGAGAAGGCGGAACCGAAUCACGUCAUGCUCUUCCCCGAUGGCAUUCCCGAGGAGCCCAAGUCGACCGAGAAGUAUCACAUUGAGCUCUCGCCCGGAAACACAAAAUGGGUUACAGAGGACGAGAAGUGGGAACUCAGACGGAAUGGCCAGAAAUUCUUCGACAUCACCGACCAUGCCGAGCUCGGUACUUUCAACAAGCGCCCUCACAAGAAGAGCGUCUUCCCAGAGAAGCCGACCCACAAGAAGGACCUUGAGCCAUUGCUCAAGAACCUGUCCAAGACCGAGAUGGAGGAUCACUUGACAACCUUCACCUCUUUCCACACGCGGUAUUACAAGUCCGAGAGCGGACGUCAAUCGAGCGAAUGGCUUCUCAAGCAAGUUCGUGACACCAUCAAGGAGGCUGGCGCGGACGACAUCGUUACUGCCCGCCACUUCGAGCACGCUUGGGGCCAAAACAGCAUCAUUGCUACCAUUCCCGGCAAGACCAAUGCCACCGUUGUUAUCGGCGCGCACCAGGACUCGAUCAACCUUUGGCUCCCUUCCAUUCUCGCUGCCCCUGGCGCUGAUGACGAUGGCAGCGGUACCGUCACCAUCCUGGAGGCUUUCCGUGUUCUCCUCCAGUCCGAGGAUAUUCUCAAGGGUAACCACGAAAACACCAUCGAGUUCCACUGGUACAGCGCUGAGGAGGGUGGCCUUCUUGGCAGCCAAGCUGUCUUCACUACCUACGAAAAGGCCCACAGGGACGUAAAGGCCAUGCUCCAGCAGGACAUGACUGGCUUCGUUACCCGCACCCUCCAGGCCGGCGAGGUGGAGAGUGUCGGUGUCAUCGUUGACUAUGUCGACCCCAACCUGACUGAUUUCAUCAAGAAGGUUAUCGUCGAGUACUGCGAUAUCCCUUACGUCGAGACCAAGUGCGGAUAUGCCUGCUCUGACCACGCUUCUGCUUCCAAGGCUGGUUACCCUUCCGCCUUCGUCAUCGAGUCUGCCUUUGAGUACUCCGACAAUCACAUUCAUACUACCGACGACCUCAUCAAGUAUCUCUCGUUCGAUCACAUGCUCCAACACGCGCGCAUGACCCUGGCCUUUGCCUAUGAGCUGGCCUUUGCCGACUUUGCCAAGUUGGAGAAGGGUGCUAAGCAUAGUGAUCUUUAA